UUCUCUUACAGAUAGCUCAGGUGAUUUAAUCUGGACUAUAAUGAUACUUUUAUGUGCAGCUUCGUGUGUUCACCAAGAAGGAGUCUGCAAACCACAUGACUUUUAGGAACUUGAAAACGAAGAGGUUAUGAAAGCCCCUAAGCAUUUAACUACGAAUGCACACAGAGAUUACUGGAGAUAUAUCUCUGCAUACAAAUGGCUGCAGUUCCUGAAUAUAUAUUUACAGCAUGAUCUUGGAAAUUUAUUUACAGACUUUUGACAGCAUUAUUCUGGAUGCUAUGUAUAUAGACUUUUUGAAGUUCCUAUUAUAAGUAAAUGAAUAUUCUGAAGGCAGAAAUUAAUAUAAAUUAAGACUUAAUUAACACUCCUGGAGCUGAUAUUAGAGAGGGUCUGUGCUGUGCAUGACAAGGCUUCCCCCAUAUGGAUGUUUGGAUCAUGUGGAGCAUUUGGAUGUUGCUGUUGGAGACGCUCCUUGUGAUAACGUUGGGGGCUGAGCAAGGCAGCCAUAUUCUGAGACAGGUCCUGUUUUGUCAGCCACAGUCCCCAUCUCCAGUUCUGCUGAAAAUGUUUGAUGAUGAGCAGAUGUUCCAGUACAGUUUUGCAGAUAAAUCCGUUGUACCUCGCAUCCCAGACUUUAAUAAGUGGACCAGCCAGGGCGUUUUCUCCAGUUCUGAAUUUCUUGCGUUUGAUGAAGAGUUGUGUACAGAGUCCAUGCAAAACUUUACCAAAGCUGUUGUAGACAUUACACCAGAGACAAAAGGCAUAUUGGAUAUAAAGGUUUUUACAUUACACCCACUUACCAUAGGAAAGCCGAACACACUGGUUUGUUUUAUCAGUAAUAUAAUUCCUCCUACUCUCAAUAUCACCUGGAGGAAGAAUAGCAUUUUGUUGAAAGAUGGAAUAAGCUACACGGGUUAUUUUGCCUUGAGUAAUAAUGAAUACCAGACUUUCUCCUACCUCAACUUCACUCCAACGUACACAGACAGCUAUACUUGUAAUGCUCAAGAGUCUGGGAAAAGCACUACAACCGUUGCAUACUGGGUUCCAGAAUACCCAACCCCCUCUGAUAUACUGGAGAAUACUCUCUGUUACUCGGCUAUUGCUCUUGGCAUUGUGUUCCUCUUUCUGGGGUUUCUGUUCCUCUUCUUGACUUGGAGACUACAUAGAAUCGAUUGAACCUGUGUGACUUCCCUGAACUAAAUUACCUCUACAGGAUGCCAUACGUUUUUCUGCUACCUGCAUACUAUUGUGCUUUGCAUUUGUCUGAAUCCUGAAUUUUAAUUUCUGGGCUAUUUUUUUAAUCAGCUCUAUUUUAAUACCAAAUAAGAUUAUCUCACACAGAUGCUCAGCAAAAAAAUGAUGUUGCUUCCAGUAUCCCCAACAAGCUUCCACAGAGAAACAAAAGUUGUAGUUCCUAAGCAUCUGAAUUAUUCUAUCGUCCCUGUUACUGAUGUGUGGCUUUGAACAGCCCAGGCUGGAAACCUCCAAACUAUGUGGAAUGAUCAGAAAUUAAGGGGGCAUAGAGAGGUUAUUCAGGGUCAUCCCUCCUCCAUAUAUAGGCUAGUAAGAUUAAUUACGUGUAUAUGAUGCACACAAGUUCAUAGAGAAACUGUAAUACAGUAAUACUACUUUUUUUUAUAAAAGGAAAUGCUAUAACAACCAGGCAGGAAAUUUAGCAUGUUUCUGCUGGUUAAAGUACACUUCAACACUUUAAAUACCUUUGGUCUACUCCAUUGUGCUAAAUAUUUUGCAAAACCACUGAAACCUUUUAUCAAUAAUAAAGAGAAAUUGUAAUGCCUUGAAAGAAAUACUUUUCUCUUCAGUCUGAUUUCAAUAAGAAAAAAGGCAGUGAGGGGAGUUCCAGUUCAAAAAUAUUCUAUGCCUUUAUUUCAUAGAAUGUAAAUACUUAGGGGCCGAUGUACUAAUCCACAAAUGGAUCGAAAGCGUCGGAAUGCGUUUUUUUCGUAAUGAUCGGUAUUUUGCGAUUUUUCCGU